GGGAUGGGAUUUGGUCGCGUGAGCUUAUCGAACAGGGGCAUGUGAUCGCAUCUUUGGGCUGUGAAUGAUUCGAAUCGAGAUUUGGGGAAUGAGUCAACUUUUGAAGGUGGUAUUUCUGGUUAGUGCGGUUGCAUUCGCGGAACCUUGGAACCCUCGAUAUGCCGAGCUGCAAGCUUCUGCCUAUCUGAACUCCGUGGAACCGUUGGUGAUAGAUCGUACGAAUGCAGAAAACGAGGCUGCCUGGAGUUACGAAUGUGAUAUCAACGAUUACACUGCCUCAAGGUCACAAGAAGUAGCUGAAGACAAUGCGCGGUUUUGGAAGGAAGUGGCCCGUGAACUGCGCAAGUUCAACUACAACGCUUUCAAGGAUGCCGACUUGAAGCGCAAGAUCAAGAAGUUGACUGACUUGGGCUACGCAGCCCUCUCGGAAGACAAGUUCACUCAGCUAUUGGACGCCAUCUCGAGCAUGUCGGAGAACUACGCCAUGGCUAAGGUUUGCGACUACAAGGAUCGUACCAAGUGUGACCUCUCGCUGGAGCCAGAACUGACUGAAACCCUUGCGACCAGCCGUGACCCUGAGGAACUGAAGCACUACUGGAUCCAAUGGUACGACGCUGCUGGAGCUCCGACCAGAGAAAACUUCCAGAAGUACGUGGAGCUGAACAAGGAAGCCGCCGAGCUGAACGGUUUCACCUCGGGAGCCGAAGCCUGGUUGGACGCCUACGAGGAUGAGACCUUCGAAGAGCAAGUCGAUGCUGCCAUCGAAGAAAUUCGUCCCCUCUACGAACAGAUCCAUGCCUACGUCCGCCAUCGGCUGCGUGAACGCUACGGAGAGGCCGUCGUCUCCGAGAAGGGACCCAUCCCGAUGCAUCUGCUUGGAAACAUGUGGGCUCAGACUUGGGAUAACAUCGCCGAUUUCACCACCCCCUUCCCGGACAGUCAACAGCUGGACGUUACUGAAGAAAUGGCGCGCCAGGGCUACAACCCUAUCCAGAUGUUCGAGAUGGGUGACGAGUUCUUCGUUUCGCUCAACAUGACCAAAUUGCCAGCCUCCUUCUGGGAGAAGAGCAUCCUGGAGAAACCGGACGAUGGUCGUGAACUGGUCUGCCACGCGUCCGCCUGGGAUUUCUACCGUACGGAUGACGUCCGCAUCAAGCAAUGCACUCGCGUCAACAUGGAAGACUUCUUUACCGUGCACCACGAGCUCGGCCACAUCCAGUACUUCCUGCAAUACCAACACCAACCCAGCAUGUACCGCGAGGGAGCCAACCCCGGAUUCCACGAGGCCGUUGGUGAUGUCCUCUCCCUGUCCGUCUCCACCCCCAAACAUUUGGAAAAAAUCGGCCUCCUCAAGGACUUCACCCUGGAUGAAGAAUCCAAGGUCAACCAAUUCUACCGAUCCGGCCUGGGCAAGCUGGUCUUCCUUCCGUUCGCCUACACUAUCGACAAGUACCGCUGGGGUAUCUUCCGCGGGGAUAUCCAACCCCAUGAAUACAACUGCAAGUUCUGGGAAAUGCGAUCCAAGUUCUCCGGAAUUGAACCCCCAGUCGUCCGCACUGAAAAGGACUUUGACGCCCCGGCCAAGUACCACGUGUCGGCAGAUGUCGAAUACCUGCGCUACCUGGUGUCCUACAUCAUCCAGUUCCAAUUCCACCGAUCGGCUUGCGAGCUGGCUGGCGAGUACGUCAAGGGCGACCCGGAGAAGACUGUCAACAACUGUGAUAUCUACCAGAGCGUGAACGCUGGCAAUGCCAUCAAGGAGAUGUUGGCCAUGGGAUCGUCGAAGCCGUGGCCCGAUGCGAUGGAGGCCCUGACCGGACAGCGUAAGAUGAGUGCCGACGCUCUGCUGGAAUACUUCCAGCCACUGUACGACUGGCUGGUGGUGGAGAACAAGCGUCUCGGAGCGUACGUCGGAUGGGAGGCGACCGAGAAAUGCCAGCCGGAAUGAAAUGCACCAGUGCUUAAAAAGUCGUUUUCGUGACGAGAACGAUGGUUUUAUUAUUUGAACAAAUGAAAAAUGUGUAAUUCUAGAAA